GUAAAACCAGUAUUUCAUCAAGGUCAAUUUAUAUAAGGUUACGUUUGAUAUAAAAGGAGAAAAGCGAAAGUUGCGUAUAAACCGUGACAAAACUAUAAAGCGUAUUAAAGGAUAUUGACGUGUUUGGGUAUCUAAUAUUGGAAAAUAUUUGAUAGGAUUUAAUAAGGAUUACAAAAUCAUAAACGUUAAUGCGCGUGCAUUUGUUGAAAAAGUGUUUCGAUUUUAAAUGAUAAUACUGGAAUAAUAGCCAUGGGAAAAUGUGAGAUGUCCUUAGGAUACAAAAUGUUCAACUAAUUGAAACAAAUACCUGAGUGGAAUGACUUGCUGCCCAAUAAACGGAAUGCCACAGUUGCUAGAAGAAAACAAUAACACAUUGAAACCAAUAUAUUCCACCAAAAGUAGUGCAUAUGGUGGUCGCCAAAUCAGGAAAGUUAGCGACAGCGAAUAUUGUCGCGAGGUUUCUAUAGGUAAAGCCCCGGAUACAUUCCCGUGCGGACACGUUCUUUGUCACAAAUGUAUCCGCAAGAGCAUGUCACCGUCGAAAGACUCUAAACUAGCGUGUCCGUUAUGCGGUAAGGAAGCUAACCGAAUAUUCACCGCUGAUCCCGGCGAUUCUAUGGGAUAUAAUAUAGAUGACGUGGACAAUAUAACAUUGUUAUCAAACUUUGAUGAUAUCGUGAAAAAGUUUGAUGGACUUAAAUUUUCAAUACGGCGAUUGCGCCAAGAGUCCGUGCAGAGUCGGAGUUUAGCCAUGACUUUCACAAAUUGUGGGUGUCACAUGUGUGAUGAAAAUCACGGCACACUGCAGGUGCUACAAGAGUUUAACCAAUUAAGAGUGAGUCACAUACGUCCCCAGUUGCCAGCACCCUAUUUCUACAGACUGUGUCAUGGUGAGGUUGUGACGUCAUUCUACAGCGUCGUCAAUUCGUGUUGUAUCUGUGUUCCCUGUACAUAUAAAGAACUUCGUGAAAGUAAACAUUUUCCAACUUUGAAAUCUUUAUCGGACGAUGAAGCUAUAACUAAUCCAAAAUCCAUUUUAACGGAAGUCGGUAAAAUAAUUGCGAAAAACACCGCCCCUCUAGAAUCUCUACACGGUAAAAACGUCAUAGAAGUAGAUCACGUGAUAAAACUUCAAGAAAGAGCAGACGAUUUCAAAUUCUUAGCAGCAACUGAACGGAUUAAAAAUAUGGUGAAUGAACAGGAACAAAACUUAAUAAAGCAUGCAUCUUACAUGGUGCAGGACAAAGGCGGAUUAGUUCAUAUCAAAAGUAAAAGUUCAAUCGAGCAGAACAAGAAUGAGACGGUGAUUGUGUGAAACUUAGCUGUUGAUUAUUCAAAAAGAAGGGAUUAUAUUUUCAUAACAAAAGUGUUCCUUCCACAAACGACUUAAAUGACUGUGAUUCCGAUACAAAUAACAGCG